AUGGAUGAGAUUGUCUUUGGGGAGCUGCUCAUCCCCAUCCCCCAGCCCCCUCAGAAGAUCCUGUGUGCAGGUGAAUGCAGCAACUGUGGUCAGGUUACAGCCUCAACUACGGCCCCCACACCUCAGCUCAACGGGCCACCAAAAAACUUUUCAGUAACACCACGGGACUAUGGGACGGCUCCAGGAGACGAUCCCAGCUUGGUGUUUGACCUUAAAGCUGUUGCCAUCGGCCCAAACUUUGUGAAUCUAACCUGGAGAAACAAUGACACAGCUGCUUUUAACUACACGUAUCGAGUCAGGUGCAAGCAUGGGAUGGAAAAUGAGCUCGAGAUUUUGGUGACAAAUCAAACACAGGCUAACAUCACAGACUUGAGCCCGGCAACAACAUAUAUAUUCUCCAUUACUCCAGAAGCAGACAACGGGACUCUGGGAAAAUCCGCAUACAUAAAUGUCACCACAGAGCCAAGUCCGGCCUCUGAUCUUCGUGCUGCCCUGGUGGGUGUGACGCAAGUUGUUCUUACCUGGAAGAAUGACAACGGCACUGCCACCUGCCGGAUGCUCCUGGAAGACACAAAGCACUUAGCCAUCAACUUUUCAGGGCUGGAACCGGGGGUGCAUCAUGAGUUCACCCUGAACGUCUCAGGAUGCAAUGGGACGCAGGACCCACUCACAGUGAAGUGCUUUGAUGCCAACAAUGGAGAGAACAUCAUUGCCUCUCAGGCUUCCUACCCGCUUCCGACCCGAGACACAGAAGUCACGCUGAGGGGGUUGAAGGCCGACACACCGUACAACGUCUCUGUGUAUUCCCAGACAGCAGGCGGCAAGGAGGGCCCGCCCGUGACCCUCAGCUUCCAGACAAAGUCUAGUCAGGUUUUUGACAUCACAGUUGUCAACAUCAGCGCCACAAGCCUGACCCUGACCUGGAAAAUCAAUGAUAAUGCCUCGUCCUAUAGCUAUGAGAUACAGGUUGCUGGGGAGACUGAUGUUCUCAACUUCACCACCGAUGUGACUCAGGCCAUCCUUGCUCCACUCCAGUCCAGCACCUUCUACAACAUCACAGUGUGUCCGGUCUUGGGACAUGGGUCUGUGGGCACGCCAGCUUUUCUCCAAGUAUACACCCCCCCCCGGCCAGUUUCCAACGCCCAUGUGACGAAUGUUAGCACAAGAGAAAUUGGCUUAGCUUGGGACAGCAAUGAUGCAAAUUUCUUUAAGAUAAAUAUUAUAAAGACCGGAACUGUAGAACAUAAAAUGAAAAACACCACUCACCGAAGUAUUGUCAUUGGUGACUUAAAUCCUGGAACUGAUUAUUGUUUUGAAAUAAUUCCGCAAGGACCAAAUGGAACUGAAGGGGAUCCCCAAAGAGUUUGCAGUAGAACUGACGUCAGUGCGGUGUUCAACAUCUCCGUGGUCAACGUCACGUCCACAGAGAUGACUCUGGAAUGGCAGAAUACAGAUAGGGCUUCAGAGUACAACUAUCAUCUCGUUAUCAUGUCUCAGAAUUCCUCUGUCGAGAAGAACAGCACUCACACAGCCAUCACCCUCAGCAACCUGGUCCCAGGCAUCUUAUAUAACAUCACAAUCUCCCCAGAACUGGACAACAUCCAGGGGAACUCCAGCUCCAUUGAACAGUACACACGGCCCAGCAGUGUGUCUGACAUUGAAAUAAGCACCAACACCACAGCAGCAAGCUUUACCUGGAAGAACGUGGAUGAAGCUGCUCCCACAUACACCUACCACCUUCUCAUUAUGAGGAGUGAAAAUGCCAGCGAGGAAAGGCAGGUGGUCACCAGUGUUGGUGUCACCAGUGCUACCGUCACUGAAUUAACACCUGGCGCAUUCUACACUGUGCACAUCUUCACAAAAGUGGGGAAUGCCACCAAGUCGCUGGAGUCCACCUGCCAGUCAUUCUGUACAGAUCCUGCACCAGUCGCCUCUUUUGACUGUGAAAUGGUCCCUAAAAGGCCAAUGUUGGUUCUCAAGUGGACCUGCCCUGACGGCGUCAAUACCGGCUUCCAGCUGGAGAUCAGCAGCGGGGCCUGGAGCAACGUGACCUACCUGGAGAGCUGCUCCUUAGACAAUGGCACUGAGUACAGGACAGAAGUCAAGUAUUUGAACUUUUCUACCUCGUACAACAUCAACAUCACUGCCAUUUCCUGUAACAAGACGGCACUUCCCGCCCAAAACACCUGCCUCACUAGCAUCACAGACCCUCCUCCUCCAUAUGGCUCCCCCAAUAUUACAUCUGUCAACCACUAUUCAGUAAAGGUCAAGUUCAGUGGUUUUGAAGCCAGCAGCGGACCCCUCAAAGCAUACGCUGUCAUUCUCACCACUGGGGAAGCUCUGCGUGCCACUGCAGAUGUUUUGAACUAUACAUACGAUGAUUUCAAAAAGGGGACCUCGGACACGUACGUGACAUACCUCAUAACAACCGGAGACAAGAGACACCCCGAGGGUCUGCCCGAGGGAUUGCGAUACGAGGUGGAUGUGGGGAACGGGUCCGUCACACACGGCUAUCACAACGGGAGGCUGGAGCCUCUGCGCUCCUACCGGGCUUGCGUGGCAGGCUUCACCAGUAUUACCUUUAACCCUCGCAACGCCGGGCUCAUCGAUGGGGCCCAGAGCUACGUUUCCUUCAGCCGCUAUUCAGAUGCCGUUUUCUUGCCCCAGGAUCCAGGCGUCAUCUGUGGAGCAGUUUUUGGAUGUAUCUUCGGUGCUCUGGCUAUCGUGUCCGUGGGAGGCUUCAUCUUCUGGAGGAAGAAAAGGAAAGAUGCAAAGAACAAUGAAUUGUCCUUUUCUCAAAUUAAACCUAAAAAAUCCAAGUUAAUCAAAGUGGAGAAUUUUGAGGCCUACUUUAAGAAACAGCAAGCAGACUCCAACUGUGGGUUCGCAGAAGAAUAUGAAGACCUAAAGCUUGUUGGAAUUGGCCAACCGAAAUAUACUGCUGAGCUGGCUGACAAUAGAGGAAAGAAUCGCUAUAAUAAUGUUCUACCCUAUGAUAUUUCCCGUGUCAAACUUUCCAUCCAGACCCAUUCGACGGAUGACUACAUCAAUGCCAACUACAUGCCGGGCUACCAUUCUAGGAAAGAUUUUAUUGCCACACAGGGACCUUUACCCAACACUUUGAAAGAUUUUUGGCGUAUGGUCUGGGAAAAAAACGUGUAUGCCAUUGUUAUGUUGACCAAAUGUGUUGAACAGGGACGGACCAAAUGUGAGGAGUACUGGCCCUCCAAGAAGGCUCAGGAUUACGGGGACAUAAUUGUGGCAAAUACAUCAGAAAUCGUUCUUCCGGAGUGGACCAUCAGAGACUUCACGGUGAAAAAUAGUCAGACCAGUGAAAGCCACCCGCUGCGCCAGUUCCAUUUCACCUCCUGGCCCGACCACGGCGUUCCCGACACCACGGACCUGCUCAUCAACUUCCGGUACCUCGUUCGUGACUACAUGAAGCAGGGUCCUCCGGAGUCCCCGAUCCUGGUGCACUGCAGUGCCGGGGUGGGAAGGACAGGCACCUUCAUUGCCAUCGAUCGUCUCAUCUACCAGAUUGAGAAUGAGAACUCUGUGGAUGUGUAUGGGAUCGUAUAUGACCUCCGAAUGCACAGGCCAUUAAUGGUGCAAACAGAGGACCAGUAUGUUUUCCUCAAUCAGUGUGUUUUGGAUAUUAUCAGAACCCAGAAAGACUCAAAAGUAGAUCUCAUCUACCAGAACACAAGUGCAAUGACAAUCUAUGAAAACCUCGCACCAGUGACUGCAUUUGGAAAGACAAAUGGUUACAUUGCCUGAUUCCAAAGGAAAGCCUUUCUGGAGUUCACCAGACCGUCACAGCCACAGCAAAGGAAAAUGCCCCAUGCCGACAUGUUUCUAUGUCUAAUAUCUUCAUUCUUUGUUCUGUUUGUUUAGAACUAAUGUGAGGGUGUUCAGGGGCUCAUGUGAAACAUGACACAUGAGAAGUUGGGGCUCAUGGGGGGCUGUGGAGGGUGAGAGAAUCGACUACAUUCCUGAUUACCAAUGGGAUGAGUUCACUUUUUAUUUCUGGAGAAUUACGGAAAACCAGGAAAAGUGAGCUAUGGUUUUGGUUUUUUUUUCUUUUUUCAAAAACAGAUUUUUUUUUUAAAGACUAUUUUAUAUGAUUCACAUGCUAAAGCCAGGCUUGUGUUGGGUUGAAUAUAUUUUAAGUAUCAGAAGUCUAUUUUUACCUACUGUAUCUUGGAAUCUAGCAGAUGGAAAAUACAUAAUUGUGGACGAUUAUCACGUGGGGAGGGCUAGGUGUGCCUCUUUCUGCCUGGCUUUUCUAUUUGAACAUGUGCCUUUUCUGAAUUAUGCUUCCACAGGCAAAACUCAGUAGAUAUCUAUAUUUUUGUAUCGAAUCUCAUGAUUGGAAUAUACGGCAUAUUUAAACAGUAGUUUAGUAUCAGAGGUUCAGCCUUCUCAGAAGUGUUCGUGUUCGCAUUUGAUUGGAGGCAGCUUCCGCACCCACCUCCUGUUCAUUCCUAAUUCUUUCUUCCUUUUGUCCUUGAAGUUGUCCCCAAAGACAUUUCUGCUGCCACAAUUUCAGCCCACGCGUGAGAGUGGAGUGGAAACUAUCACCUUGAGAAUUUUGGGGGGUGGGGGGACAGGGGGACCCCUAUAGUGAUGUAAUCUUUCCUCGUCUGUUUUCUAUCAUUUUCCUCAUUUCUGUAUGUGGUAAGAAGGAUUAUUUCAAGGUGCAAUAUCUGACUUAGUGAUUCAUGAUGCUCUAGGUUUUUAGUAAUGUUUUACUCAGGUUGGCAUUAUAUGUGUGUCCGUGUUUGUGUGUGUGUUUUUAAAAGUGUGGCAAUCUGUGAACACUUCAGUGUGAAAACAGUGUCAAAUGACCCCUCCUCCCUCAAAGCCCACUGGCUUUAGUCUGUAUCUGCAGUGAUGCAUCGGUAUCUGCUGUAUAUAUAUAUACUAAACUCUCAAAACAGUCAUUCCUUUGAAUGGAGGUGUACAAAAUUUGAAUUUGUAUCAGAGAUGUAACUAUUAUUUUUCAAACCUCUUUUCAUUCUGCUGCUGUAAUUACUUUGAUUUUUUUUUAAGUGUAGAUUUUUUUUUGGGCUUCAGGUUGUAUAUCCACCAAGAAUUUCAGAAUUUGUGUGGAUUUAUUUUAUUGGUACAUACUCUGUAAACUUUGUCAAGGCAUUAACAUGAAAGGAUUUGUUUCUUUUUAUUUUAUAUGGUGGCUCAGGUUAUAUUUUGAAGAAGUUGUGAAUUUAUCCUCUGAUAGCAAAUGAAGUAUCCAAGGUUUGUAUGAAGGAGUUACCGAGUCCCUGGAGCUCUGUGGCUGUUCCCACAGUAAUAAUCCUGCUGUGAAGCAGGACAGGCGUGUCCUGCUGAGGUGGGAGCGGGGUCUCCCCAGCGCCCGGUCACUCACUGUCUCCAGACCCCGCCCCGCGACUCACCGGCACUUUGAUAACUAACUGCACGUCAAUGGGUGCUUUAGAGUCAACCACAGCGGCCCAAAAGCCCUUGAUUCAUUCAGAGAUUUAGUGCAGAAUGUCUUUUGUCCCGUCCCCCUUUCCCUUUGAGGUACUGAAAGGAGAGGCGGUGGUGGGGUGAUGUUUUGGGAGAACCCUGCUUCCCACAUGGAAAUUGCACUUUUUGCUGAUUCCUAUGCUGUCUUUGGCAGUCAGCGGUUUGUUCAGCAUCAGGCCCUUGAGGAAUGGGGUGUCCAGGCCGGAGAGAGCUCUCUGUCCUCAGCUGCAGAGGGGCCACUGGUGCCUUUGCUCUGCGUUGGGGGAAGCUGUGUCUGUGCGGGGUGUUGGUGAAGCUGGUUUGGGGGCUCCUCUCUGCUUCAUAGUGGUUUGGCCCUCAGUGCUGGCAGAGCCGAGAGCUCCCCCUGUUCAGGCAGUCGCCCUUCACUCACCCCCACCCCUCUCUGCUUUGUCGGGAGACCACUGUGCUGGGUACCUGGGUGUCACAGCCCAGGUCGCUGCUGCAUCUGGCCCUGUGCGUCUCACUGCCUUGGAGAAGUCAGAGGGAAGGGCUGGGCUGGAAAAUCCCCUUAAAAGAUGAAAGCAACCAUAAUCAAAACAUAGUUUUCUGCAAAAGCCAGAAAGCUGAGUCCCUCUUGCUUGGCAUGGGCUGGGGACACGGGUCUACAUGCCCCUCUUGGAUGACACUGCUAAUCUAGGGAGGAAGGUUUGUGGGGGAGAUUUCUGGGUUCCAAAUGGGCAGGUCACAUGAGGUCAGGGUGCUUGCUCUUGUGCACCCUGGAGAGGGCUGGGAGGGCCAGCGGAGUUGGUGAGGGUCUUGAUAGCUCAGUGAUGGAAAAGGGAAGAUUAGUGUGUAACCAUAAGGACAUAGGGGCCGGAGAUGGUCACGGAGAAGUGGAGUGUGCUUUUGGCCUCGGCCCAACCAACCUUCCCAGCCACAGUGACCUAAAAUCUGAGGAGUGGGUGGUAGGGUAGGGAUGGCUUGGCUCCCCUGCUUAGAACUGCGUGGUCACCCACAGCAAAGCAGCCUGAAUGGGGCUGACUGUCAGUGAAAGGACUAAGGAGCUGGCUCCAGAGAUUCAGGCCUGUGAUCGAUCGCUUCUCCCACAAACAAGGGCUUUUGUCUCCAAAGUCAAGUCUUGUGAUGAUUGGCGCCGGAAGAUGAUUUUCCAUGGAGCGACUGAUCGCCAGCUAGACUUGGGCAUAAUGGACUCCACUGGACUAGACUUGGUCAUGUCCCAGGCUCCAGAGGCUCCUGGGCCGCAGGUGGGGGCUGACCACGCAGCUCACUCACCUCUGCGUUCCCUCUAGGUGGAAAUGCCUGUUUGCUUCUGAGCUGCUUGACCGUGCUUGUUGAGCUAAGCCGUUCUUGGUGACAGAUGCUGACUUGCGUCAGAAGCGCAAGCGCUGAGCUCUCCGACCUCGUGUGACAGUGGAGCCCUCCAGUCGCUUCCCCCGGAGGGCCCAGAAGUAGGAUGCAUUGAUGUGGACUCUCAAACUGUAAUUUUCUUGUAACUAUUUUGGAAUGAUGCAUAUUUCUAAUGUUUGUUAUACUUGUACAGAGUUUUGCUGUUGGUUGCUUUUCUUGUUUUUUAAGGAACAAAAUGGCCUGAAAAAAAUUUUUUAA